UUUAUUUCCCAAUAAAUGUUGUUGCAGCAAUUCGGAAUUUACGGAAAUUCGUAUGGUAUACUUGUCCACCUGCACAAAGUUUUUAAAAGCUCUUAACAAAAAAUACCUAACGAUAAAACAUAUUCUUUAAUAGGUGAAGUCAUUGGCCAUUAAAAUCGAACUAUAAGACAUAUUUUGUGCUUUUCAAAUGUUUUUAUAUUGUGUCUCGUUGCGUUAACGUCGUUAUGACGGUUAUAUGGUAGUAGAAUCAACUAAUUGAAUUGCUAGCAACAAUUGGGUACUAAAGCCCUAUGCCAAUUUUUAUGUACAACGGUAAAAAACACGAUUAAAAACCAUUUCUGAUCACUUUUUUUCAAUUUAAUGCAAAAAAAAAUAUUGACAAGACAACAUUUUUUCGAUGGACCAACUAUGGUCCCCUUGGAACGAGCUGUCAAGUAGGAGCCUUUCUGUCAAGAAGGAUCGCGAGGUUAAUUUUUCAAAAUUGAUUUAAAAAUCCAUUUUAAACUCUUUGUGGUCGUAUAAAGGGUCAUUGUACUCAGAAAAAUAAGCUUUAUCGCUGUGAACAAUAAUAUCAGCAAUCUAAGCUUCAUUUUAGGACCCAAUUCCUGAUACUGGAAAUAUCAAAAUUGUAUGAAUAACGGCGAUUGUUUUUCUUGCCUCAUAAGGUCGUCUUGUUCCACAUUCCCUUAGAACAUCCUAAAACUAAAUAAAUAAAUACACUCAACCCCCGGUGGUUGGUCACUUUUUCGUUUGACACUUUUUUAGUUUGUACCCCGUUGGUUGGUCAAAGUCAAACUAAAAAGUGACGAACUGUCACUUUUUACACGGCGCUCACACACACUAUCAAAACAAACGUUUGGUAGUGGGUGUGAACUCCGUGUGAAAGGAGUGUCAAACUAAAAAGUUACCCCGUUCGUUUGACAACAGUUGGUGUCAAACCAUCGGGGUUUGAGUGUAAAUGAAACAGCUACCUGCCUAGACUUUUGAAUGAAUUAGGUGAAAAGAAAAGUGGUAAGUGAAAUUUUGGGGUGAUCAGAUUUUGAGAGUUUUAGUUAAAUGUAUUUUAAAUUUUCAUAUCACAACAAACUGUGACCUGAAUCCCUUUUCAUAUCACAUUCAUGUCGAGAUCGAUUUUUAACUAAAUGCUACUGUACUUUGCAAUAUGUCGACCCUGGCCUUAUUUAGAGGUUAGGUUGUUGGGUCAAUCCAGGUGUGGGAGUCGUCUAGCAUCUUUUGGGCACCCCUGGUAUGGAUGUUAAUGUUCUUAAGAUGAAAAGAGGCAAUGAAGGUUGUAUAAUAAAGAUACAUAAUUACAAUAAUUUGACCAAGAUGUCACUGGAGCGGAAAUUCUUUGCAUUUACAAGAUUGAACACUUAGAACCACUUUAUGUGCCUCAAAAGAACUGCGAAUCGCUGGGGUGCGUUUGAACAAAAGUUUAUAAAUACACAACGAGGAACCGCGAGGGCAACCAUUCGGCAGUGUAUUGUUUUGCGUGUCAGACGGUGCGAAAAAAGAUAAGAUGAAUCGUUUGCAAUUAGCGGUCGCUCUGGUGAUUUUCCUAGCAGCUCACGCUUUUGCGCAGACAGACGAGGAGGUGCUUGAAAUACGACGAAAUUUGGCGCAAAGUUGCAAGGAGCGGGAAGGUGCCUCCGAUGGGGACGUUGAGGGACUGAUAACGGCGGUCGAGCCCGUAACGAGGGUUCAGAAGUGUUUGCAGUCGUGUGUUCAGCAGCAGCACGGCGUUUCGGACGGGAGACGAUUCCUGAAGGAAGGCUAUCUGGCACUUAUGCGGGUGGUCGUUGGAACGGACCAGCUGAGACAGCGCAUCGUCGAGGAAGCUGCAGACGAGUGCAUUGGGGUAGAGAACGAGGAUCGCUGCCAGUUGGCGAUCGAUAUCAUGACCUGCGUCAAACAGGCACUGCAGAAGAGAGGGUUGCGGUCGAAGAAUUGAGCGGAAAAUAAAUGUUAAGUUGACCUUGCAAAACUGCAGCACUUUUAUU